UGUUUCGAGUCCGAAAGCGGUGAGUUCAGCAGAAGCCUACAGCCGAUGCCGCUUCAUUGUAGGUUACCAGGGACUAAGAGGAGCGAUUCAAGUCUUUGGUGGAUGUAUUUAUCCUCCCUUUGUUGGGAAAGUGUAAAAGAAAACAGGAGGCUUUAUGUCUUUACUUGAGCUACCAGGCUCUUUUGCAGUUAUGUUCCCAGCGUUUUCUCUGCCCAUGAAAGCGGAGCGCAGUCGAAAUAAGGAGCGGCUGGAGGCCAGUCUGGCCGGUUUGUGUGAGUUAGAGCUGCUCAAACAGAGGCAAGAAUGCAGGGUGCUGAGCGCCCUCUGCCUCGGGGACGCUCCAAUUCCUGGGCGUCCGCCUUGGGGAGCCCUACGGUCGGCAUGUUGCGCCCUGGACGCACCAAACGGCAACGCGUCCAACGAAAAUGGCCUCGGACUCCCAAAUAACAGUGUCCGGUGUACUACCUGUGGUAUAAAAUCAUCUUUAGAACAGCAGGUGGCAGAGCUGAACGUGAACACUGAGGUCAAAGCAGCAGAAUCUUAUACUGAUCCAGAGGACAGGCAACUCAGUUCAGGAGAGGUCCUGGUAAACAAGCAAAAUGGAUCUACUGAAUCAAAUUACCACCCUGUGGUCCCACAUUCCCUCUCAGCCCCUGAGGGGACAGGGGAGACAGAGACAGAAGAAUCAUUUUUGGCAGACCCAACGAAACAGGCCAUGAUUACUGAUACAUUUGGGGAGAUGAAGGAUGUUGAUCCCAGUCAGGAAGAUUAUCAACAAACCCAAAAGGUAGAGACUUAUAUAUAUGGGUUGAUCCAACGCCGAGCUUUACCUACACGCCCUUCAAAGCCCCGCACCAGCCUUGCACAUGAUGCCCGAGCUGUCAAUGUGGUGAGGCAGAGUAGUUUAUGCUACAAGGAGGAGCAACAUUCACCAAAGCAGGUGUCUGUUCAAGUUAUCUCAACUCCAUCCCAGUGUUCCGAGGGAACUGCUCCACAGGUUUGCUAUGAAGUGGAUCAGGAACGUUAUCUAGGAAUAGAAUCUAAUGAAGAUGCAUCACACCCAUACCACCUCCAGCAAAGUGUAAAGCGUCAACCAGGGAUUUAUUACAAGGCGAGGCAGGCCUCCAUGGUUAACACCUCCCACUCAACUUCACCAGACUAUGUGUCUUGCAGUAUGCUGCAAGUCCAUCAAGACUCCAGCAACAGCGAGCCUGAUUCAGCCCAACAUUUCCACAACUACAAUUCCCCUCCAGCUCUGUCAAAGCCUCACCAUCCACCAUCUUCUGAUGAGCAGCUGGUCAACGCAGAGUAUAUUCCAGCCCAGCCCUGCCGAGCCUCCACCAGAGCUUAUGCCCAUCAUCACUCAAACCCCCACAAGGGCGCUGUGGUGCCCAAAACCAACCAAAGCAUGUUUUCUCCAGAAAGAGGUCAUCAUCACGAAGAACAGAAUCCAACAGCAUCUCAGAUUCAACCCUUAAAAUGCCGAGGGGGCCCAAAGAAGUGUCGUUUGAAUGAAGACAGAAGUGGUGCCAGCAGGAAGCCUGGGAAGAAGGCAUGCAGGUCUCAGUCAGAGAACAGCCUGCAAAGGGUCCCAGAGCGCAAGUACAAUACGGUAGAGAGGGACGGUGGAGGAAGUGGAAGCGGUGGAAGGGGAAGCCGCAGUAGUCAAUUCAGGAGCAAGAAACAACAGCAGGGAAGUGGUGGCUACCGGCGCUGGCAGUCCACCCUUGAGCUCAGCCAAGAUGAAGCUGACCAGCCACCCAUGCAGGCACCCAUGCAAGGCUCAUCAGCCUCAAACCAAAGGGAACAUUGUGCAAGGCGCACACGCAAAACUCAUUCUACACAUGCAUCAUGUACCUACCAACACCGCAGCCACAACCACCACUCCCACCCUCAUCAACACUUGGAGUCCCAUUUAGAGAGGGAUCAAGUGCCACUGUGUAAGCCUAGUGAGGACUACUCUCAUCCAGGCCAGGGUGAGUCUGAGUCGAGCAUGAGCGAGGCUGACUCUCCAGAUUCCAGCUCUUUGUCCAGUGACUCAGAUGAAAGUGGUGGUCUGGUUUGGCCCCAACAACUACUCCCUCAACUUUCCCUCCCAUCACCACCUGCCCCACCUGGAGCACCUCUGCAGCCCAAGGCUUUUGUCAAGAUUAAGGCCUCACAUGCCCUAAAGAAGAAGAUCCUGCGCUUCCGCACUGGUUCACUGAAAGUAAUGACCACUGUAUAAGUGAAAUACUGACAAAACAGAAGGAAUGUGAGCUGUAGAGCUUUGGACUAUGUAAAUGAUUGACCACAAAUUCUGAAUAUAAUAUAAAAUAGUGAAUAGCAACUAUAAAAAAUCAACUACUAUGAUUGAUGAGUAAACUGAUUAGAUGAUUUUAGAUCAGCCUUAACAAACAAUGAAGAAAGUAGCUAUCACCAUAUUAGCCUUUUUGUUCAAAAAUGAGAUGUAAAAUUGUAUAGGAAGUGGUAUAGUUUACUAAAAGUCUGAAGUCUACAAUAUGGAUGACUCAUGCUUGAGGUACUUUAAUUUGUCCAGAUUUGGCCCCAAAAUAUCCACAUACGUCCAUAUGCAUACACCCACUGAAAGACUACAUCAUAGUCCAUUAUGAUAUUGUCUUUGAGGUCACAGUGAACUCUAUUUCAUGAUAGGUUAGUCCUCAAACUCCUCAUGUCUUGUUUUCUUGUAUGGCUUGUUCAUAUGAGUGUUAUAAAGCAGAUUCUCCAAGCUUUAACUGAACAAAUCCCGUUUCAACCUGACAAAUGCCACCAGUUAAUGAGCAACUGUGUUUGUAAAACUUUAUCAUUAGCAUAUCCUACACCCCCACAUUGCUGAAGUUAUAGAUAUGUUUCAUUCACAAAAAUGUUACUCAAGAGUAAAAACAAGAAUGUCAUGCUACAGAGCUUAGACUUGUGCUGUCAGGAAUUAGCAACUGAAAACAUAACAAAUGUAGUAGUGUCAGUCACAUUGUUUGACUCAAAGAAAUUAUUAUUACAGUCUUCAACAACGUGUCAUCAGAGCAGGGCCAUACUAUGACUGAAAUCAAGAAAAUGUUAUGAUGCUGAAAAAUGUGUUGAAAAUUAAUGUCUAUUAUAUAAAAAAAAGUUUUUAAUUUUUUUUUUUUAAAGAGUCACAGUAAAUUGCAAUGAUGAUGAUAUGGUGAGAACAGUACACAUUUUGAAUUAAGUUUAUUUUAAUUAUUUGUUUUUAAUUCAGUUAAUUUUGGUAUCACACCUAAACUUUAAAUUUAAAAGGCAUUAUAAUUUUUGCGUUCAACAAGUGCAAGGCAGGUCUGGACCACUCAUAAAAUCUGUUCAUACCUAAAAGAAAGUAUGAGAACAUUCUCUAAAGUGCAACUUAAGGACAUGUCUCUUUGUACUUUUUCUCUGUCACUAAGGACAUUGUUAAUAGUUAGAUGAAUAUUUUAAUUUAAUUAUUUUAAUGCUUUAAUGCAGAUCAUUAAAAAGUCUAAUGCAUGUUUAAAAAGUUUUUCUUCCUUCAUUUAAAAGUAGGAUUUCUCCCAGUUGCCUGUACUGUUUUCUCUCCUAUUCAUCUAUUCUCUAUUUUCUCUCUAUUGAUCUCUCAACCAACAGUUACACAUGUACAAACUGGAAACUUACUGUUGAAAAUACAAUGAUAUAUACAAUGCUAAGACACACCGCAGUUCCCUUAUAUUUGGCUGAAAUUAUCCAUACCUGUUACAGUGGGAUUGUUAAGUGGGACUGAUAUUAAACAGGAGGCUAACUUAAGACAAAUAACCAAGGGUUAAUGUUUCUUGCAUGUUUCUCUUCAUAAACAUACAGCUAUUAAAUAUAUUAUGUGUAGAAAUAAAGGUCAGACUGGGAGAAUGUGACUACAGUAGAUAAAAUGAGUAGUUGUGAUGGAGUGGAUUGUUACUACAGUACAAAGUGCCUUAAUACAUGGAUGAUAUAGUGACACAUCUCACUGGAGAAAGAACCGGCUGUCAACCAAAAUUAAGUCAAAUGUUUUGUCAUUUCACUGUAGCAGAAAACACAAACGAAGAAGAUACCACAGCAGAAAGAUGUAAACAACUUUAGAAAGAGCAACUAAUUAUUCUUGAAGGAUGGAUAUAAAAUGUUUAGUAGCAAGUUAGUUUCUACUAUUUUAAUGUCAAUAACGGCACCUGCAGACUAAUAAAAAUUGCGUGCCCAAAGAAUGUAUUUAACGUUUCAAUGUCACUUUGAGUAUUUGACAGUGCUGUUAUCAUUUAACAUGCACCAGCCCACUCACUGUUAUCUUCUUUUUGUAUGAAAUUUGUUUGACAGAAAAAAACAAAUAAAUAAAAUAAAUAAAUACAAAAUAAAAA